AAUAGAUUGACGUGUGAUUUAUGUACUUUUGGGCUGAGAUUGGGCUUUCUAAUAACUGAUAAGUAAUUAUUUAUUAAUGAGAUGCACAAAAUGAAUAUCAAACCUGAUUUAAACAGCAUUGAUAGUUAUCAUAAACUAUUCUCCAAGUUAGAUAACCCUGACGUGGUUUUUCAAAAUUUUGUAAAGAAGUUGGCCAAAUAUCACUUUCAGGUCAAAGCUACAAUCCAGGAUAUUUUAGAAUGUAGAGAAUCCAUGGAGGCGUUGAGUGAGCUCAAUGAAAAGGGCCGAGCAAAGAUAAAUCUAUUGAGAGAUGAAAUAGAAAAUAUGGAAUUAUAUGGGAAGGAAGCUUCUGAUGAUAAAUAUACUGCGGAACUGACAUCCCAGAGGCAACAACUGGCUAUCCUCCUUAAAGAGUUCAAAGAUGCCAACAUCUCUAGCAUGUUUGCAAUAGAUAAGGCUCAGCGGGAGGAGCUGCUCAAGCCGCCAGAAGGAGACGACUCAGCUCUCAGAAACAGAAAGAAAAAAGUUGACCGUGAUGGAUUGCUUGAAAAAUCUUCAGGCGUGACUGAGCAGCUGCUACAAAUCAGCAGACAGUUAGCUGACACAACACAUAGAAGUCAGAAUACACUAGACAGUUUAGUUUCAUCCAGUUCUACAGUACAUGGAACACAAUCAGAGCUUCAGAACACAGCGGGAUCUAUAUCAGAAUCGAGCAAGCUUCUGAAGAAAUACGGACGCAGGGAAUUCACGGACAAACUAAUUAUGUUUUUUGCAUUCCUUUUUUUCUUGGCUGUGUGUCUAUACAUCGUUCAGAAAAGACUGUUUUAGUCUAAACGUGCCAUGACUUUUAUUUUAAUACUACGAGUAUACUGUUUUAUAGAAAAAUUAACAAUAGAGUGAAUAGGCUGUUACUGAACCGGUGAGCUCCAUCUUAGGCCCUGUCUUCACUUUCCAUCAGGUGUGACUAGGGCCAAUCGCCGAUCAGUUUAUAAAAAAAUAAAAAAAUAAAAAGCUAUGAUUAUGAGUCCCCGGCAAGCUCGGCCGAAUUUCACCUUCCCAUACAAACGGAGUUUCGUUUUAUUUUAAAACUACGUGUUAGAUUGUAACGAAACUUUGCAUAAACAACGACAUGAGGUAUAUCUAGUUCUGUAAUUAGUUUAUAUAGCUCCAGUUUAUAAAACAAACGAAAUAGAGCAAAAACAAGUUGUGUAUGAAAAACUUAAAUUCGUUUUUUUUUUUCACUAUGGUAUCUGAAGUUACAUAAACUAAUUACAAACCUAGAUAUACCUUAUCCCAUUGUAAGUACAAGGUUUCAGAGCAAUCUAGCUAGUCGUUAUAAAAUGAGAGCGUAACUACCUUUGUAUGGAGAAUUACCGAGCUUGCCGGGGAUUCUUAAGUUGUUCAAAAAUACUUUGCGCCGUGAUUUUUAUAGCUGAACAAGCUCAAACCGUGUAUUUUCUCGCGACCUUAGGGGAAUUUAUUUGUAUUCCCGAACGUUUAUUGUUGAUUAUGUUUAUGACUGUAUGCUGAAUUACGACUGUAUUUAAAUUAUUCUAUGUGUGCUCUUGGAAUGUAUUUUUGCAGCGUUAGCUGAAUUAUUUAUAUGAUGGACUGCUAUUUUAAUUUGUAAUGAUUAUUAUUAUGCCUAAGUUUUGCAAUAUAUUUGUAAAUAUUUUGUAAAUAUGCCUAGGUCAUUUAAAUAAAAUAUGUUUUUAAGGA